AUGGAUCAAACUGAUUUCGCAACCAAAAAUGCAAAAAGUCUUGGCGAUAAAAUAUUACAUCCACUUUUCGCACUUCAAUCUGCACCAGGAGGAAAAUUAUUCUUUUUUGACGAGUUAGCUAGUUUGAAAGGGGUCGAAGAAGUUAUAAAUCUUAUUCGUAAUUCAACCGGCGUUUGUAUAACGUAUAAUGGAUUUUCGUUAUAUGAUGAUAAAACAUACAGCAAUAUUCGAGAAGGAUUAGCAAUGCGACAUUAUUAUAAAGGACAACAAAGAAGAAUGGCUCUCAGUAUUUUGAUAACAAAUGGUCCGGACAAAAUGAAGGAGGGUGCUAGUAUACUUAACGGAAGAUUUAAGGGGCAUAGGGAAUAUUUUAGUGACGUUGAUGCAUUUCAAUAUAAAAGUGACGAGGAUAACCACUCUCUUUGA